AUGUCAUCCAGCCAUGAUGGGACGCCAACACCCACGACCAUCCGGGUUCGCGAUAUGGUGCCCACGCCCAUGUGGGGCAACGAGGUGCUUGCCCUGAAGACGAGGCAUAGCUGCGAGUCCACGGAUGGAUCCUUCAUUGUGGGCACCGAGGACCUGAGCAGCUUCGAGGGCGACGACUCCGACGAGAAGCUCCUGGCGCUUCUUGGUGACUUGGCUCUGGGCGCGGAGGAGACGGAAGACCCCACCGCACGGGCACUUCUAGACCAAUGUGGAGCUCUUUGGGAGGAGGUGCAUGUGGAGGCUGAGGCUCGCUGGGAGCUGCAGUGCCGGCUCCGGCGUGAGCUACAGCACCUCCAAGACCGCAGCCACUGGCAGCACGCGGAGUCCGGAGCCUUCCUACAGCGACUCUCGGUCGCCAGGGAGGCCUUAGCUGAGAAGAUCCAGGAAGCGAGUAGCGAAAACCAGACGCUGCGACAACGGCUGCUUCGGCACCGGGCAGAGGAGGAGCAGCUGCAGUGCGGCCUUGCUCAAAACCUGCGGCACUUGUCGGCCCGCGCCGCCGAGCUGCGCGCUGCGGUCUGGGAAGUGGGGGUGGACCAGGCGGAGCUGGUGGAGAAGCUCCGCAGGCAGACAGAGCAACAGGCACUUUUGCAGACCGAGCUGCAGCAGGAGCGUGUGAAGACAUGGCGCCAGUCCACUGAUGUCGUCAUGGCCUUUGCAGGUGGCAAGGAAAGUGGAAAGGAGCUGGAGCGCGAGGAGGCUGACAGAGUGCUCCUCGAGUCCCAGCUGGCGGAGGUGGCUUCCCGAGCUGCCGCAGUCGGCAUCCCGCCACUCUGCGAUGAGGAGCCGGAGGUGGCAGAGGCCGUGCUGGCGGCGGCCGAUGUUGUCCCCUACGCAACGCUCCUGGGCCACCUGGACGGCGUCGAGGAGCUGCGCGCCGCGAUGGAGGCGUUGGAGGGCAGCUGUGCGCAGGCCACAGCCCAGCAGAAGGAGGAAGAGGAGAAGCUGGAGACCGAGCAGCUCGAGCUUUCCAGGCUCACCACCGAGAUGGCGGAUGCCGAGGCCACAGUGAACGGCCAGGACUUGGAUCAGGCCACUUCUUUGGUCUCCGUGCUUUGCGGUGAGCUUCAGAGUGAACAGGCCGUGCUCCGCGAGGAGCGCUCAGCGGCAGGCCGGCGGCGCGACCUCUUCCGUGCCCAGGUGGAGGAGAAGCGUCGGGAGCUGGCACGCCUGCGUGAAAUGAACGACAGACUUGUUGAGGACUUGAAUUCGAAAGGCUGCUUUAAGCACCGCAAGCCAUAG